ACUUCACUAAGACAAACAAAAUGGAAAGCCCUCAUGAGCACCAGCAGAACCUUCUGCUGUCCCGAAUCAUCACCAACGUUGAGAAGCUCAAUGAAGCUAUUGUACUUCUCAACAAGGGCCUACAAGAAAUCAACAUCCAAAACAUGAACGUGGAGCUCGUUGCACAGAUGUUUAAGAACUACCAGUCGAAUGUGCUCUUCCACCUUGAAGCAACGGACAACCUGAAGGAGCCAUCAUAGGGAGGAGGCACGAGCGGGGUUGUUGUGACGGGAAGGGAGUGACGAAUUGGAUGAGGCGCUGGGAGUCUUUGUUACUCGGUUUUAUACCUUCUUAUUAAGAAAGAAAUGGCAGAUUUCAUACAAAUACAUUUAUUAAACGUGUAAUGCCCGAUAAACACUCAUAUAUACACAAAAAGUUGAAUUAUAUCCCAC